AUGUCACCUCUGCAGAAGACCUUUGAGGACGAGACGCGGCCGCGUCGCGUCCGGUGGCCGAGAACUAUGGCAUUCAUUGAUUGUGAAAUCACAGUCCCUGAUAAUCCAAACGACGGUCUAUUUGGUGACGACUGGAAGGAGAAGAGGGCACGCGGCCCUGCAGCGGACGUCGUCCUCAACUUCAUCACCGCGGUCAAGCAAGACCACGCCGAACGUCAUCAUCUCAAGGAAAAGGAAAUCGAGCAGAAGUGCUUGGAUUUGGCCAAGCAGAUGACCGCUGAGUUCCUUUCAAAUCAACCGAGUCAAGCUGAAACCUCGGGCGCUGCCCAUCUUGCCUCGGGUCUCCCUGAGGCCUUCAAAGGAAAAGUCUCUAACGCUGCCCGGACCCUGGUCGCUGGGGGCCGGGAGCUCGACGCGGCAAACGCUCUUCUUUCCAUGGCCGGUGGCCAGGCCUCUUCCGUCGGCGAAGGUCACAUCGCCGACGCUGCUGCAACUAUUGUCUCCCCCUCUGCUCCUAUUUCUGUCGCCUCGUCUGCCCCCGUUUCUGCUCCUUCUGAGGGCGCCUCCGAGACCGAGGCCCUCCCCGCCGACGCUGCUGCAACCAGUGUCCCCUCUGCUCCCGUUUCGAAUACCUCGUCUACCCCCAUUUCGGUUUCUUCUGAGGAACACUCCGAGACCGAGGUUCCCCCUCGCAUCCCUGCGUCGAGUCGCAAGCGCUCACGCUCAGACGACCAGGCUUCGGAGGAGCCGGCGCAAAAGCGCCAAUUCACCAAGAAGUGA